UAACAUAACCUAAUAUUUAGCACAACUGAUCAUUUUGUUAAACAUUUACUUAUUUGACUUUCAUUGAAAGCUACAAAAAUGGAACUUUGUGAAUAUUGCGGUAAAACGUUUACUCUGAAAAAGAACUUGUAUGCACAUAUCCGAAACCUUCAUAAAGUGAAAUCGGACUGUGUUGUUAAUAAAUUACGCUGUUCCCUAUGUGAAACAUAUCACAAAGUGUAUGAAGAUUUGAGAGACCAUUACAUUAAAGUACAUAAUAUCGAGAUUUUUAUGGAAAAGACUUCAUUUUCCUCAAUGGAAGGCAAGUUUCAUUUUAUAUAAACAAUUCAGCAAUAACAGCAAAUUUUAUGUUUAUAGAUUUUACUUCAUGGAAGGAUGAAAAAGAGAAACAGUUACAAUGCUCUUAUGUGAAAGAGACAGGAACGAAAAUUUCCAGUAGUGGAAAGAAAUGGUACUACAUUUGUCAUCGAUCAGGCUAUCAUAAGGAUGAAAUAAAAUCAAGCAAAGCUUCAAAAAGGCAAGGAGUAGCAAAAAUGAAUUCGUUCUGUCCUUCAACUCUCUAAUUACUAGAGGAAAAUGGAAACUUCACUUCUUUUUUAUAUACUCCACACAUUGGGCAUGAGUGUUCCCUUAAACAUUUAAAUCUUUCAAAAUUGGAAAGAACAGAAAUAGCAAGUAACAUUUUAAUUCUAGAUAAUUACAGUAGAACCCCGAAAAUCCGAACUAAUUGGGGAAACAGCCUGUUCGGAUUCCAGAAAGUUCGGAUUAUCCGAAAGUUAGCCUAACUAGUAGUUCAAAGCUUUCAUUCUCGUUGAUUUUGAGUCGCCAGCCGUUCUCGCAAGAGUGUGGACAAUAUUUUUGGACUCAAGUUGACUACGAGAGAACCGAAAUAAGUUUAUGUUUAACCUUUAUAAGCACUAUAUAAUUAAAGUACGUAUUUAUUUUUAAGAAAAUUUUAAAUGUCAAAGUCUUGUUAAUCCUACAUUGUUUAAUUUUCUGGUUUUACACUGUAUAAUAAACAUGUUUUUAAGUUUUUGUCUUGAAUUUUUUAAUUUUUUUCACUUUGCGUUGGUUCGGAUUUGCCGAAAGUUCGGAUUAGCGGGGUUCGGAUUUGCGGGGUUCUACUGUAUUGCUUAUAUAAUAGUAACAUAUAUUUUUAGGUAGAAUUGCACAAGGAGUAUCAUUUGGCAAAAUUUUGGAUGAUGUAAGAAACAGUUUAAAUACUGAAAACUCAUUGCAACGUAUACACCUUUUAAGUCACCAAGAUCUCUGAAACAUUGAAAAGGAAUUUUUAUUAAAGCAUGAUUCCCAGCUUCAUAAAAAUGAUGCUACAAGUGUAGACCUAUGGGUGAAGCAAAUGGCAAGAUUUGAUGAUUGUUCGCCAGUUUUAUUUUAUAAACCUCAAGGUAUUAGUGAUACAGAACAACCGUUUGAAAAUGUAGACUUUGUAUUAAUAUUAAUGACAUCUGCACAAGAAUCUUUAUUCAAACAAUUAGCAUCAAGCAAAAUUUGUAUUGACUCGACACAUGGUACUAAUCCAUACGACUUUCAGUUAACAACAAUUUUAGUUGUUGAUGAAUAUGGUGAGGGUAUCCCUGUUGCAUUCCUGCUUUUAAAUCGAGUAGACACCAUGACUUUAAUGCAUUUCUUUUCUGUUUUGAAGAUUAAAGUAGGUGUAAUUAAAACAGAAAUUUUUAUGUCAGAUGAUGCACCAGAAUUUUACAAUGCAUGGAUUAACAUUAUGAAAGUACCAACACAUCGUCUUCUUUGCAUCUGGCAUGUAGAUAGAAACUGGCGCAAAAAUCUUCAAAAAGUCAAUGGUGAUCAAGCAACAAAGGGAAUGGUGUAUAAAUGUUUAAGAAUGGUUAUGGAAUCAACGGAUGUAAAUAAAUUCCAUAUGUUGUUAAAUUCUGUAUUACAUGAGUUAUUGUCCGAUGAUGUAACAAGGCUAUUUGGAGAAUACUUUCAGGAAUAUUACUCCCAUAGGCCCCAAUUGUGGGCAUAUUGCUAUAGAAAGGGUGUUGGAAUAAACACAAACAUGUAUCUGGAAUCGAUGCACAAAACCUUGAAACAUGUAUACUUAGAAGGCAAAAAAGUAAGACGGCUUGAUAGGUGCAUUUCUGCUCUAAUGAAAUUAGUAAGAGAUAAGUUAUUUGAUCGGUUGACAAAAAACAUAAAGGGCAAACAAACAUAUAAAAUAAAACAAAUAUUAGAUAGACACAGAAAAGGGUUAAUAAUCAGCAGUGAGAAUAUAACAGUUGUAGAUGAUAACACUUGGUAUGUGAAGUCAAAUAGUGAUAAUGAGAAGUAUUACACUGUGGAAAGGUUACUUAGUGUUUGUAAUGAAUGUGAACUUGUUUGUAAAACAUGUAAAAUAUGUGUUCAUAUGUCUUCUUGUCAAUGCACUGACUAUUUUAUAAAAUGCCAUUUAUGUAAACAUAUUCAUAGUGUUGGAAACUUAAUGGUUAACUUAACAAAACCAGUAAGUCCUACAUUGAAUAACAAAGCUGAGCAAACAUGUACAUUGAUUGUAGACCAUAAUUGUCAACAUGAUGAUGUAAUUGAUUGCAACAAAAGAAUUAAAUCUAAAUUAGACUUUCUAUCAGCACAUACAACUGAUAUGACUAUCAAUAUUGAACAGCAAUUAAAAUUAGAAAAAGCAUUAGAUGUUGCAAUUAGUUAUUUGCAACCGACUUCACAGACAGUUAAAGAACCUGCAAAUAAAAAUAUAAAUCAACAACUACGUUUUGAAAGUACAAAAAAGAAGAGGAAACUUAAUGUUGAAUGUACUCUAAGUAAACCAACAUAUAGUGAAAAGAAGAUGUUAGAGCAGGUUUUUAAUAUGGAGGAAGACAACUAAUAUAUUAAAUAAGUAAAACUAUUUUACAUCUCUUAACAUAGAAGUAAAAACUCCUUCAUAAUAGGUAUAGUUUUAAUCAAGUCUUAAAAAAUCCAAAUGGAUUACACAAAGUUCAAAUGUUCAAAAUGUUUUCGGAUCUAUCAGUCCAUCCUCAGUGAACUCUUAUACUUGCUUAAUAGCCCUAGAACCAAACUGCUUGGAUUUAAAAUGCAAUUUACAUUGUUAAAUUGUAAAAUUGAAACGGCUUAAAACCAAUGUUAAGGGAUGACUUCUGGGAACAUGAAUAAUCCCUACACGAAAAAAAUCAAAUGACCAUCUUGGUCUACAUAUGUCUGUCAAUUAAGGCUGAGAAGUAAUUAACAUCAGCUUUAAGCUGUUUCAAUUUUACAAUGUAACAAUGUAAAUUGCAUUUUAAAUUCAAUCACUGUUUGGUUCUGGGACUACUAUUAAGCAAGUAUAAGAGUUCAAUGGAGAUGGACUGAUAGGCCCGAAAACGUUUUGAACAUUUCAACUUUGUGUAAUCCAUUUGGAUUUUUUAAGAUUUUAAUUUUUGACUAAAACUAUACCUAUUACGAAUGAGUUUUUACUUCGAUGUUAAGAGUUAUUUAACUGCAUGGUAUACAGCCAACUACUGAGAACUAUCCCGUUUUAAAAAAUUAUUUUAGUUUAUGCUGUUAUAGUGCUGGAUACAGCAUACCAAAAAAAGUUUAUCAAUAGUAAGCUGAGAAUGGAUCGAAUGGAACAGAACAACUUACAAUGGGAUCCUAUAACAUUCACAAGAAAUAAUACGAUGAAAAUAUCAAUACCAUAUAUAAAAGGACUAUCCGAGAAACUUAAAACAAUAGGAAAUUAAUUCAACAUUUCAACAACAUUCAAAACAACAAACACAUUGAGAUCUAUUCUAUCUAAAACUAAACCUAACAGCGAACAAGAAGAACAAAGAAUUGAAUUUAUAAAUAUCUUGUGAAUGCGAACAAUUUUAUUUAGGUGAAACAUCAAGACCAUUAAACGUUAGAAUAAGUGAACAUCAGUCUUAUAUUAAAAAUAGAGAAUUUGAUAGAUCUCAAAUAUGUCAACACGCAUGGGAUAAUGAACAUAGAGUUCAGUGGAGAGAUUCAAGUAUAGUCCUGAAAGAAACAGAUAGUAAAAAGAGAAAAAUAAAAGAAGGAGCUCUAAUUAUGCUAAAUGAAACCAAUUGUGUCGCAAAUUCCUCAGUAGAAUGCAGUAGGAUGUGGUUAACCAUACUAAAAGGGGAAGUCAAUAGAAAGAAAAUACCACGAUUAGUAAGUCAGUAACGUGUCGAGUCAGUACAUAUUUUAUAUUUUAGUAUUAUUUAUAUAUCUAAGUAUGUACUUAUUAUUAAUAUUAUUUAUAAUUUAAAAUAGCAUAGGUACAUAUUAUAUUAAAGUCAGAAUUUGGUAUUAGUUUUGAGAGUAAACUAAAUGUAGGACCAAAUACUUACGAUGUCGGGAUAGUAUUGCGAGGUUUUUUCCUGUUUCUCCCUGGUGAUUUACUGUGGAAUCUCUAACACGAGAAUUUUACUGUCACCGUUGCAUUUGGUUGUCUUUUUAAAGACAGAUCACACACUAUGUGGGGUUAAUUUCAUGUAAUCGAAUGAACUAUCUUUCAGUACAGUCAUCCAAGGAACGCAACUCAUAAAUAUUGGCAGUAUAAUAUAUGCCUGAAUUUCCGAUACAAAUGAGUCAGAUUAAAUAAAUUAUUAGAAGAAUUUUUUACUUAGCAACAACAUUUUUGUUUAAUUUAGUAAUAUUUUGUAUUUUGACAACGACAUCCGAUUUAAGCAUCAAAAAGUUAAUAAAAUUAUUUUUUCAAUUUAAUUGUGGCUAAUUUCCCAAUCAAAAUAGUUAGUUAAAAAAAUCAAUUAUAAGUUCUGUCUGACAAAAUUCAUGGGACGUUUUAGUAGUCCGACGUUCAAAACCUGAAAAAUACAGACAAAAAUGCUGGUAAUAAAUAGUUUUGUGACAGAAACACAAUUUAAUUAAUUAAACUAUUCCUUACAAAGAAUUACUGUUAUCCGAAAAAAAUACUGGGUAAAUUUCGUAGUCUGACACUUUUUAAAAUAGGUUUCGAAAUUUCAAUAACGGGUCAUUCCAUGUCAAAAUUACAAUCGAUGUCUUUCGAUUUAGAUUAAAACUUAUUCUACUAUACAAACAAAUGGGUUUGCCCAAAUUUCAGCCCUAAUAUUUAAAAUUAUGUCCCCCAAGGUUUUAACCAUUUUGUGACUUUUUGGACUUAGUUGCUAAUUUUUGAAAUAUUAAGUUCCAGUGGCUUAAACAAUAUAUUCUACACAUCAUUUCCUAUGUAAAACUUUCCGCUGAACACAACGGUGGGAGCAGGAUUGAUCUAUGACUUCAGAAAAAUCCGGAAAUUCACAAAAAUUUCAAGUACUUAUUUUCAAAAAAUUAACAUCUUAAAAACACCAUUUUUUGUUGCUUGUAUUUUUAGGAAACACUGGUAAAAUUGUAUGUACUUUGAAAUUUGCAAUACUUUGAAAUCUAGAAAGCAAAUGGGGUGUUAAAAAAAGUUACUGCAAAAUUUUUGUUUUUUGCCAAUUUUCUAAGUUCUCUUAGAAGUUUCAAUGAUAUAUUAUAAUCUGCUAAAAUAUUGUAAUAGCGCUAAUAAAAUUAUACUAUUAAAAUUUUAUGCUGUCAUCUAAAAAUGUAAUAUGAAAUGUAAUAUAUAAGUGAAAAUAAAUAUUAAUAUUAUGAAAAAUGAAUUAUUUAUUUUUUGUAGAAAGGUUUUUUAUUAUUAACCUACUUUAGGACAUUUUAAAAAAAAUUAGAAAAACAUUUUUUAUUUAUGUGACGAAAACUGUAAAUAAUAAAAAACUAAAAGUCACUUGCAUCCAGAUUGCAACAAAUUCCACCCAAUAUAUACAGUGGAACCCCAAUUAUCCGUGCUCCUUGGGACCAGACGUGGCACAGGUAAUUGAAAGGCACAAAUAAUGCGAACAUUUAUUUCUUAUAUAUAUGUAUAAUACAUACAUACAUAUAUGUAUCUACCAUAAAAAUAUAACAGAAAAAAUCAUUCUUUCAUUAUGAGUCUCCCUCUCGGCAUAUAGAGUUUCCGUCGAGUGAUUUAUGGUGACGCUAUUUGGAUAAAACCUCAAAAAUGCCAUUUUGGUAACAGAAAAUCAUAGCACGGAUAAUCCGCACACAGAUAAUUGGAGUUCUACUGUACAUAUAUUUAGGUAUACUUACUUCAACGCUUUUGGAGUGUCCAAAUAUAUGUAUAUACAAGUACAAGUAUGUGAAUAUAAAUAAUGAUAUACAUACAAUUAAAACAGCUUUAUCGGUAUGUGAAUAAAUAGUACUGGAAACAAAAAGAUUUUUUAUUUAUUUCCUUUUUAUCUAACCUAUAACCUUUGGGUUACAAAUACAAUACACUUCAGGACUAUUAUG